CGCCAGGUGAGUGGCGCCCGGGAGUCGUCUCGUUUGCCGGGGUGGGAAGAGGAGAGUCACGAUACCAGAACCGAGAAUGAUAGCUGCAGGAAAAGUUUCAAAUCUUAUCAGAAAUGGCCCGGUGAACCACAAGUUCACAUUGGCUUCUUCCAUGGACCUUUUGACCUCUAAGCCUUUGCCAGCUGAACAUCACUCAGACUCCUUUCAAGACAUCUCGAUCCAUGGCACUCUCCCCAGGAAGAAGAAGGGGCCAAUUACCACUAGGCCUUGUGAUAUGUUUAGCCACGUGUUGCCAUACACCAGAACACACCAGCAGCAGACACCUUUUGUACAGGAUGUUAUAGAAGAAUACUCUCCACAAGAUGAGAAGAGCAACAAGCUCCAUGCCAGAGAUCAGAAUAGUCCGGACUCUGCUUUGGAAUAUGUUAAGUUUUCUAGGGAGAGGCAGGUCAUGGACAACAGCCCAGAAAAACUGAAGAAGUUGUUAGAGGAAGAACUGCAGCUGAGUAGUGAAGACCUGCGUAGCCAUGCCUGGUACCACGGACGUAUUCCUCGGCAGGUAGCAGAAAGCUUAGUUCGGAGAGACGGAGAUUUUCUGAUUAGGGAUUCUCUCUCCAGUCCUGGGAACUUUGUUCUUACCUGUCAGUGGAAAAAUACCUCUCAGCAUUUUAAAAUCAACAGAACAGUUCUAAGACUCAGUGAAGCUUACUGCCGUGUUCAGUAUCAGUUUGAACUUGAAAGUUUCAACAGCAUCCCUGGCUUAGUUAGAUACUAUGUUGGGAAUCGCACGCCAAUAUCAAAACAGAGUGGAGCGAUUAUUUCUCAGCCUGUCAACAGGACCGUGCCUCUCAGGUGUCUAGAAGAAAACCAUGGUGUAACUCCAGCCCAACAAAAAGAGCCAAGUGCCCAUGAAGGAAAAACAGACACUGCAAAGAGGCUGAGUCUUGGUAUACCCAGCAUGCAGUCCCUGGAGCAGAGCAUACCCAGAGGAAAUCUUUUGAGAAACAAAGAAAAAAGCGGUAGCCAGCCAGCUAGUCUGGAUCAUGUUCUGGAGAAAAGGUUCCCUUUAAAAGCUCACCAAUCAGAGAGCUAUCUGCUAAUAGGUUCAAGACAUCCAUCUCAACUGCCCGAAGCAGAUGCAGCCUCCUAUCCAAGCUCUCCUGCAUUUAGAACAGGCAGUGAACCUUCGCUAAGCCCCACAGUUGUUCAGAAACUCACCUCCGAGUCACAAAUAGGGGAAGCUCUUAGAGGAUCAGACAGUCAGCUCUGUCCAAAGCCACCACCUAAACCCAGCAAAACACCCCUGAUGAAGCCUCCAGAUUCUCCCUUUUCUUCCUACAGUUCAGAAGGACACUACUGUGAACUAAGCCCUGCCAAAGGUCCUGCAGGAACAAAACAUUUAUGGCAGAAAAGCAGCUAUGUGGAACAUCUGACACAAAAGGAGAGAGGAACACACUCCUUCAGGAACUCUGAAACAAACUACUUGAUCCUGGAAGAUGACCCUACAAUGAACUCUGCAGAUCCUUUAGAUGCUUCAAGUGAGUUGGCUGAAGAAGACAGCACCUUUUCUGCACCUGUCUGUGAGACGGUGUCUAGUUUUAAACCAAAUGAUUUUGAAUCCAAACUACUUCCUCCUGAAAACAAGCCACUGGAAACAUCAAUGUUAAGAAGAGUUAAGGAGCUUUUCACCAACACCAAUCCAAAGAUUAUUGCACAGCAUAUUCUCAGAGUGGACUGCAAGGUGGCAAGGAUACUAGAAGUUUCUGAAGAGAUGAGGAGGAUUAUGGGAGUGAACUCUGGUCUUGAGCUGAUUACCUUGCCUUACGGACAUCAGCUGCGCCUUGACCUAAUUGAAAGGCACAACACCAUGGCAAUAGGAAUUGCUGUGGAUAUCUUGGGUUGCACAGGAAAUCUAGAUGACAGAGCUGCAACAUUAAACAAGAUCAUCCAAGUAGCAGUGGAGCUGAAGGACUCACUGGGGGAUUUGUAUGCAUUUUCUGCCAUUAUGAAAGCACUAGAAAUGCCACAGGUCACAAGGUUAGAACAAACCUGGACCUCUCUGAGACAUCAUUAUACACAGACUGCCAUUCUGUAUGAAAAACAGCUGAAACCAUUCAGCAAGGCUUUGCAUGAAGGACAAGAUGAGUGGAAUAAGACCAUCAGCACUCCACAGAACAACGUAACAGUGCCCCUGCUGAUGCCUCUCAUUACGUUGAUGGAGCGACAAGCUGUCACUUUUGAAGGCAUGGACCUGUGGGAAAGCAGUGACCAAGGCUGCGAAAUAAUGCUCAAGCACUUGGCCGCAGCUCGUCAGAUAGCACAGAAUGCAGAAGUGUACAGCUGCACUGCAGAGCAGAUGCUGGAAGGUUUUCAGCCAGAUGAAGAGAUGAGUGAAAUCUUCAAGACAGAAUUUCAAAUGCGAUUGCUCUGGGGCAGCAAAGGAGCACAAGUUAAUCAAAAUGAAAGAUAUGAGAAAUUCAGACAGAUUUUAACUGCACUUUCCCGAAAACUGGAACCUCCUCUGGUGAAACAAAUGGAACAAUUAAGUAUAUGAGACUCCGUAAGCACUAUUUAAAUAACAUACUUGAAGUAACCUUUUUUUGGCAAUUCGAUACUGCACAGACUUCUUGGAUUUCAUGAGAUGUUUAGAACUUCUAGCUGCACAGUGGACACCUGUUUGAAAACUACUGUUUCUAAAAAAAAUGUAUUUAUUAACUGUGUCACCAAGUCAUUCAGUGAUCCCCUUAAACAGAUUAUCCCUGUAAGGUAGUCUUACAGCUUUCUGUAUUUCCCCUGAGUUGCAAUGUUUUGACAGUGCCUAGGAAUUAAAUGCAUUGGCAUCUUAAUACUACAAAUGAACGAAAUAUUGUAAAUAAAAUGACAGAUGAUGUGACAUUGCAGAACAUUUGUUGUAUAAUAUUAAUGAAUAUAGAGCACUGUACAUAGAAUUGUGAAUUAAAAUGUAUCUUUAUGCAAAAUAA